CCGCGCCCCGCCCGCUCUGGAGGGAACCGCGGGGCACUACAGUGCGCAAGCGCCAACCCGCCAACUCUCUGGCCUCCCGCCAAAGGCGCCUGCGCAGAGGCCUUAGACGAGGGGAGGGGCAAAAUUAGGAGGGAGAGGCGAGCGCGCGUAAAUCCUAGAGAGGCGGGCUCCGUAGGGCUUGGGGGAGGGUUCGUCUUCCGGAAAGCCUGGAUUCCUGGACGACCAGAGUCGCCGCUCACCGGACUCCCGCUUGUGAGACGAUCGAAGAAAGUUGGAUAGCGUUUGUUCCCGUCAGAGAUCUUCGGAGAAGCCAGAGCUGUCUUCUGGCUAAUAAUGGGGCUUGAAGGAGGGCCGUUCCCAGGACGGCGGAGUGAACUGCGGAGGGUGUACGCAUGCGUGGUAGGCUCUCUCCACGUGCAGCUGGACCGCGGGCUCCCUGUCCUCCUAGGCCCCGCCCAGACUGCAGCAUCUUUGGGGACUAGUGGAGCAGGAUGGAAGGGGGUUGGGCUUCGCGGCUCGGCCCCGCCUCAGCAGCCUUCAAUUGGGCGUGGGUGAGGACGUCCCCUCCCACUGCCUUCCUAUUGGCGCGCGCGUGCGAGAGACGCUCCUCAUUGGGCCGCGAGGAUUUGGGCACCAAAUUCAAAGAUUUUAAAAGUACCAGCUGGCGCGUUUUAAGAACUACAGCCCUGUGAAGCAGGCACUCGCUUGGCCGCUGGUGUGGCCGAAACCACACCUGAGGCGGACCCCAAGUCCACUGGCAUGAGCUGGCGCCCCUGCAGCUGCGUCACACGGCCUUUCUCCUGCUCUUGCAGCUCUUGCUCCUGCAGCUCCAGCGCGCUGACAGCCGCCGGGCACCCUCGCUGCCCAGACGGUUGUAAAGAAGAAGGUUUCACUUUUUCUGGCAAAAUGAAGUGUGAUUUUAAUUGUAACCAUGUUCAUUCUGAAUUGAAACUGGUAAAACCAGAUGAAAGUGGAAAACAAGGCUCCUAUACUCCUGCAUAUUUAGAAGGUUCUUGUAAAGACUGCAUUAAAAACUAUGAAAGGUUAUCAUAUAUUGGGUCACCAGUUGUGAGCUAUAGGACUAAAGAACUUGAACCUAAAAGCAAACCCUUGCAUAACAAAGAAAAUCAACAUGUGCAACAAACACUUAAUAGUCCCAAUGAAAUAGAAGAACUGGACACCAGUAGACUUUGUGAAGACAGUGGGUAUUCCUCAUUUACUCAGCAAAGUAUCCUCAAUGAAUAUGAAGAGAGUAGCUUUUCACUCGAGGAAGAUUUCAGAAACAGCCCACAGUCCUGCCUACUACAGACACAAAGCCCAGAAUAUCCCAACAAAAACUUGCUUCCAGUUCUUCAUUUUGAAAAAGUGGUUUGUUCAACAUUAAAAAAGAAUGCUAAGCGAAAUCCUAAAAUAGAUCGAGAAAUGCUGAAGGAAAUUAUAUCCAAUGGAAAUUUUAGACUCCAGAAUAUAAUUGGCAGGAAAAUGGGCCUAGAAUGUGUAGAUAUCCUUGGUGAACUCUUUCGAAGGGGACUCAGACAUCUCCUAGCAAAUAUUUUGACACAGCUCAGUGAUAUGGACUUAAUCAAUAUGUCCAAAGUGAGCACAGCCUGGAAGAAGAUUCUAGAAGACGAUAAGGCAACAUUCCAGUUAUACAAUAAAGCAAUGCAAAGAGUUACUGAAAACAGCAUUAAGUGUUCACCACAUGCUUCAACCAGAGAAUAUGUUAUGUUCAGAACUGCAUUAGCUUCUGUUCAAAAAUCUGCAACACAUAUUCCUCCCCCCAAAAGUGUGCAGACAAAGUUAUCCAGUCAACGUGAUCCGAAAAGUUCUACUUACAGUCGGCACAAUGAAUUCUCUGAGGUUGCCAAGACUUUGAAAAAGAACGAAAGCCUCAAAGCUUGUAUACGCUGUAAGUCACCUGCAAAAUAUGAUUCCUAUUUACAACGUGCAACCUGCAGAAGGGAAGGCUGUGGAUUUGAUUAUUGUACAAGGUGUCUGUGUGAUUAUCAUUCCACCAAAGACUGUGUGAAUGGCAAGCUCCUGAAAGCCAAUUGUAAAGUGGGUCCUCUUCCUGGUACUAAGAAAAGCAAAAAGAAUUUACAAAGAUUGUGAUGUUAUUAAAUCAAUUAUAAAUGUGCAUGAGGGUUAGUUAGAAAAUGUUAGGUUUUAAUCUCAUCCCCCAAAAAAAUGGUUGUGAUUUUUUUUUUU